GCCGAGCCACAGCCGAAGGCAAGCCCGAGCGCGGCCAUCCCGGACUCCGCGCCGCCGGCCUCCGGCCCGCGGGCGGCGGGCAUGCUAGCAUGGCAGGACGGCGGGGCCAAGGCGGCUCCCUCCCACCACAAGACCUCCUUCUCGGUUCUGGACAUCCUGGACCCUCAGAAAUUCACCCGCGCUGCGCUCCCAGCCGUGCGCCCUGCUCCCCGGGAAGCCAAGAAAAGUUUGGCAGAGGCCGAAACAAGGAAGGACUCCAGCCGGCACCCGGCCCGGCAGCGAGAGACGCCUGAUGCUGCGGGCCGAGGCGCCGGCUUGGCGUCCCCCCUGGAGGGCUCGGAGGCGGAGGAGGAGGACGUGGAGGACGUAGGGCGGCGGCGGCGGCGGGAGCGGACUGCGCGCCUGCAGGAGGCCCGGACGCGCUCCCCCGAGGCCCGGGCCGCGGCAUCGGCGGCGGCGGAGAGCAGCGCGGGCGGCCUCGCAGGCUCCCCGGGCUCGCCUGGCUCCCCGCGGCCCCGGCGCCGGCGCUCAGAGCCCAGCUGCUCCAAGCCGCGGCGCGCGCGCACCGCCUUCACCUACGAGCAGCUGGUGGCCUUGGAGAACAAGUUCCGGGCCACGCGCUACCUGUCUGUGUGCGAGCGCCUGAACCUCGCGCUAUCGCUUAGCCUCACUGAGACGCAGGUCAAAAUUUGGUUCCAGAACCGCAGGACCAAGUGGAAGAAGCAGAACCCCGGCGCCGAAGGCGCGGCGCAGGCGGGAGGUGGCGCGCCCCAGCCUGGGACUUCGGCGGGGGCGGGCGGCGGCGGCGCGGGGGCCAGCCCGGGUCAGCUGGGCCCGGCCGCGCAUCCUUUCCAGACUUUCCCCUCCUACUCGGCAGCCAACGUCCUCUUCCCGGCCGCCGCCUCCUUCCCGCUGACAGCCGCCGCCGCCAGGGGCUCCUUUGCGCCCUUCCUCGGGCCCUCCUACCUGACCCCUUUCUACGCCCCACAUUUAUGAACCCGGAGUCCCUCGGGCCCCACUUCGUCCGGAUUCACCAGUGAUUGGCGUGGACUUGUGGUCCCCACCCCACGGAGGGGCGCCAGCGCGCAGGGACUGCCCCCUCCUGGUGCGCGGGUGUCUGCGCGCCCCUUCCCUUCCCGCUGCCGGGAGGCGCCGCCAGAGGGCAGGGAGAGGCCGCCUGCCGCCUCCCCGCCGCGCUGAACCCUUGAAUUCACGCGGUCCACUAAAGGGGGUCAAGGAUCUGCCAUCUUUAAAAGUGUCCGGAGACGGAGGCUGUCCUUAAGCCUGCCCGUUUCUGGACCUUGUUCUUCACUUUCGGUCAGGCUUAAUUCAGUUCAAGGGUUCUUUCUGAGGGUCUGGGUGUUCGGCGGCGCGGGGCUAACCCAGCCGCGGGGAUGGUGUCCAGAGGGAGACAAGACCCUCCCUCCAGCUGCUCACACCUAGGAUGGAAUCUUCAAAGACUGUGGCUCACUCAGAGGGUAAGGAGCUUUCCCUUUUCACAGCUGAUUGUUUCCCAUUUCAUACUCGAUUAUUGGCCCAAACCCAGCGAUUCCUUCCAAAUACUGAACAAAGUUGGAGAGAGCUGAGUCUGUGAGCGCACACUGCCGCCGUGAAAUGGACUAUUUUUUAAAUGCAUAACACUCUACAUUUUUAGGUCUUCGUUUAAGAUUAGGACUUGAGCGCAACUCUUGUUCCAAACAGUCUCUCCACAGGCUAUUCCUGAGAAAACGUGUACCUGAUUUUUCGGAUAAGACCGGAAGUUCUUUUGGGAAAUGCAACAGCUUUGUAGCUAGACUUGCCUGCUGAAGUAGACGCACUUCCACACCACUGCAAGUUUUGAGAACAGCCUUGAUGAACCACGGCUAUGGCCCCAAAGGCAUAAAAAUAACAAAGAGACAAAUGGCUCAACUAAAAUCUUGAGGUCUAUGCAUGAGACUGCCCAUUUGGGUAUGCAGUAUUUGAUACUGUAAAACUUCAGUCUUGGCUAAUAUGUCUGUCCCAGCAAAUCCUAGGCUCCCAAUAGUGAUCGAACCCGGGGGAGAGUUCGCGCCUCCAGCACACGCUGCAGUCAUGAAUUGGACUAUUUUUUUAAAGCACAAACUCAACAUUUUUAGAGCUUCAGCUAAGAUUCUGACUUGAAAGAUACUCUGUUCCACACAGACUCUCCAAGAUGGCAUGGUUAACAAGCAAAAGGUCGUUAGCUGUAAAAGAAAUAAUUUUGGGGUGUAAAAAGCUACCAUGGAAGCAAAAAGCAUAUUUAUGAUGGAUUCAACUGCAGUAACUUAAUAUAUGGAUGAGCAUUCUAACUGCUGCUUUUGUUAUCUCCCUUAAGAAUUAGUUCUGUAAAAUUCUCUUGCCGGCUUUGUUUGGAAUACCCUUCCUUUAGUUUUUUAUGUGAUAUGAUUUUUAGCCCGUAUCUCAGAAAACCAGACCUCCCCAACUAGGUCACAUACGUUUCACUCUCACCUUUAUUUGAGGACUUUAGGCCCGGUGAUAUCUAUAUGGAUACCAUAUUCCUUGCUAUUUCUUGGUAGCCUGUGUCAUUAAUAAUUAAAUUUAAUGAUCAAUGGCUUCUUGUAAAGUAAGAGCAUGCUGUUUGGUAUUAUGAACACAUGAUAUUAUUAUAACCUUGAAAUAUCUACUUCAUUUAUUAUCGGGAAUGAGAAAAUAUCCCUUUCUUCCAAAUUAAAUGAAGACUUCACAUUCAUGGGACUCUCAUAAGAUUUGAGAAUAUGUAUUAUUUAAUUAUAAUUUGUUAAUUAGACUCUUUUCCUUUCAUUCUGAAGAAGAAAAGUGUCCCCAAACAAUGCAUUAUGACUUUCUAAAAGACAACUGAUGCCAGAUGAGAUUCAAAAUGCAGUUACUAUAGUAGAGAAUAUUAUUUUAUUCACUUUACAUAUUGAUAAACAUUCCUUCAGUAACUAUUUCUCAGUUUCUCAAAAGCAACUUUCCAUGUAUCCGGAGUAGGCAAUUCAAAUACACAGAGGCAAGUUCUGUAACAAAGAAGCUGAAUUUCUGUAAGACUCGGGAAACAUUCUAUUCCUCUCAGGUACCAGAAUCACAGGAGACUCCAUUGGGAGAGAGGGACUGGGGAGGGAGGUGGGAGGCGUAUCUGUCUAUGGACUAGCAUGGAGUGCUAUACUUCCUGACCUUUCUUGUUUCUUCAGAUUUUAACAGA